CUCUGUCACUGUAUGCACGCGCCCAUGUCCCGGUCUAGUCGCGCCCGGGGUGAGCAGUGUUUCAGAAUUUCCUCGUGUGUGAGCCCAUGGGUGUGUGUGUGGUUCUAGAUAUUACGUGCUGUGGAGAUCAAUGGCGACCAGUUUGAGCUUCAAUUAGGCAGCAGAUUACAUGCCACGUAAUACGCAUCUUGUUAUUACGUGGGAAGGUCUACACAGAACGCUCAUUGGAACAUAACCACGGUUAUUUAAAAAAUCUCUACUCGGGAUAAACGUAAAAUCGUACAGAAAACAACAACAGCAACAAUAAUUAGCAAACGGUGUCGAUCCAGAUUUGUGCAAAGAGAAAACUGUGACUUUAUGAUUUUAUCGUUUAUUCUUUGGAGAUUUUUUUUGGUGACGGACGUCAGCGAGCCUAAUACGAGUGAUACGCUCAGUGUGUGGUGUUUGUUCCAAAGCUUCCUCCAAGACAAUGUUGUGAGGUCAGGAUGACGUCAUCAGGAGGUCCUCGAGUGACCUCCCCUACCUGGGCGCCGCCUCACGCCCUACUGUCAUCCGCCACCCUCACUUCCGCUCACAACCUAGCGGUCACCAUCCUCCUCCUCCUCCUGUGCUCCUCCCUCGUGUCCCAGACCAGCGGUCAGCAGAAUGACCGCACGUGGACGUUCAACAAGCCGGGCGAGUCGUACAUGGAGUUUGUUCCUGCGCUGACGGAAGGCCAGGACCAGCACUACACUCUGGCCUUCAAGACUCGACAGGCCAACGGACUGCUGUUCCACCAUCGGAUCGUCAAUGUCAAGCCCUGAACAACGACCAGUGGCAUGUGGUUGACCUGGAGGUGGACGCCGGGGACGGGGAGCUGAGGCUGACCCUGGACGGCCAGAUGGAGACGGAAAGCAUCAAGGCCUACGCCUGGGGUAACGCCGCUGACGUGUUGCUCUGGGGCCACGUGACCUCCGUCAUGGCGGUGGGAGGCACAUACUCCAAGACAGCCCGUGGCGAUGACGCGACACCGUUCGUGGGUUGUAUCCGUGACGUAGAGUACUCCCUGGAAGACGGCACUCUGACGUCACCUCAGUUCAGCACCACGGAGGCUGUGACGUCAGGCUGCGUGAACCUGUGCCUGGGCGACAAGAGCUGUAACCUGGGCAAGUGCGUGAACCUCUACACGUCCGUCAAGUGCGACUGUUACGGCACGGACUAUGAGGGCGCGCGCUGCGACAUUGAGGACGCCACGACGAUGACGUUCCGUGGUUACGAGUGGGUGGCCUACCAGCUGUACGAGCAGCGCCGGGACAGGCUCUUCACCAACCACAUCCGUAUCUCCAUGGAGUUCAAGACUGACCGUGGCUCCGGAGUCCUUCUGUACGCAGUGGGCGGCACCCCGUACCACAGUCACGUGACCGUGUCCAUCUACUCGGGCGCCGUGCACGCCUCCAUGUCCUUCCAGCAGGAUGACCUCACCUUCUCCGGCGGGAUCGGACUGGACGAUGGCAGGCCUCCCUGUGACGCAGAACUUCGUGGGCUGUCUCCGGAACGUGUACAUCAACGACAUGUCAGUGUUGUACGAGCUGUCACAGGGGAACGACAUGUGUCUCUACAGCGGCGGGCCCGCUCCGCACUACGGAUGUCAGAAAGUCACGGAGGUGCCCAUCUCUUUUCCCAGCUCCUCCUCAAUGCUGCGAUGGAUGAACGGCGAGCGAGAGCAGAACCUGAGCAUAGAGUUCAAGAUGAGGACAUACAGAAGCCCGGCCAUUGUCAUCUUUGUGGAGCUCAUCUCCAGGAAAAACUCCAGCUCUGGUCUGGACUUUGGCAGUAUGGAGCUGUGGGUGGAGAACCAGAUGGCAGUGCUGAAGUUCAUCCCGUCCACUAUGAACAGACACACCCACGAGAACAUCAGCGUACCUGUGGUGGUCAGUGAUGGUCAAGUGCACGAUAUUGAGGUGGCUCUCUAUGCCAGCAAGGCCAAGCUGAUGGUGGACGGAAACACGGUGUACUCUCGCCGCUACCACAAAGUUCUGGAACACCGAGGGUCCGUGGUGCUGGGCUACAGCGUGCGGCAAGUAGAGAGACACCAUGGGUUCGUGGGUUGCAUGCAUCGGAUCAAGAUCCAGGGCCAAAGACUUGACCCGAUCGCGUUGAUGGAGUCUGACUCCGCCGUGGGACUGCUGUUGGACGGAUGCCAGCUGGUUGACCACUGUGCCCAAAACAAUAUCUGUGAACACAACUCCAUCUGCUACUCUGACUGGGACGGUGUCCACUGUCUCUGCAAGGACGACCACUACGAGGGAAAAGCUUGCCACUUUUCCAAGUAUGCGACAUCGUGUGAGGAGUACCACCGCAUGGGGUACCUGGCCAGUGGGGUCUACCUCAUCGAUGUGGAUGGGACAGGCCCGCAGGAGCCUUCCUACGUCCGCUGCGAGAUGGACACCACAAAAGUGGGCGGGGUCACCGUUGUUGAGCACAACUUUUUGCCCAAUACAACAGUCAGGGCACCAUGGCUGCCCGAUAGUCAAUAUCAUCUUCUGUACAGGCAAAUGUCCAGAGAACAGCUCAACACACUGACCAGCCGGGCGGGGAGCUGCGAGCAGUUCAUCCAGUACCAGUGCACUAACUCUCCCAUCAAAUUGAGCACCAAGACGUGGUUCAAGGCCACAAACGGUGAGAUCGUGGACUACAUCGGCUCCCACCACUCGGGGUUCUGUGAGUGUCCGGCCCAGUCUGGGUGUGAGGGAGAGAACUGUUACUGUGACCUCAACAGAGGACGGCCUUACACAGACAAAGGGUACAACAGAGAACGCCGCCAGCUACCACUUAUGGAAAUGACGUUUAUACAGAACAAGAAAGGAAUGGCAGCAAUGACAUUGGGUCCUCUCAAAUGCUGGGGAAGCUUGUCUCAGCCGUCAUCUCGCUCGAUCACCAUCACCCGGAGCGAGAGUUUUGUACGUCUUCAGCCAUGGACGUCCGGAGACUUGAGGUUCAACUUCAAGACACAUCAGACAGAGUCCGUGCUACUCUACCACAGCAGUGGGGAGCAGGAGAGGGGGGAGAACGCUGAUGGGGCUAAUAAGUUUUAUGUGAAGAUUAUUUCUGCAAACGAAGUCAAAUUUUACAUCAGGAUCGGGGAUUCUAUCAUAUCAAGAACAUUGUCAGCACUGAAUCCACUGGAUAAGGGUGACUGGCAUUCUAUUUCUAUUGAGCACGAUCCUUACAAUGUGAGGCUAAGCUUGGACUCAACAAAAAUCAUCGUAGAACUCGAAAAAAAGACAAACGCUGUGGAGUUUUCCGGUGUGCUCUACCUGGGAGGAUUAACUGACAAGAUUGACGACCAUGUUGUGAAAGGGGUUCCGGGCUUCACGGGCUGUCUGUACGGCUUUGUCUACAAUGACCAGUCGAUAGAUCUACAGGACAAGAUAGAUGCGAGCAUGGGCGGAGUCUCCAAAAACUGCAUGUCGUCGUGUUGGCCCAACCCGUGUCAGAACGGCGGUGUGUGCGAGGAGAGGUGGGGAGACUACCGGUGCGUGUGUCACGACCCCUGGGCACAUAUAGGGGACAACUGUGAACAGGAUCUAAAUCAAGACUCUGCUACGUUCGGAGGGCUGCCAUUUUCUUACUUAGUGUUUGACGUAACUAACUCUAAAAAUAUCCUGGACGGCACAGUUGUACUCAGCUUCAGAACUCUGCUGACAGAGGCUUUGCUCAUGUACGUGCACGACCACAAAGGGAACUUUGUGCAGCUGGAGCUCAGCGAUGCCAAGACUGUCACUGUCAGCUACAGCAACUACAACCAGAUAGUCAGGGACUCCGUCACCACGAAUGUGCCGCUCAACGACGGUGAGUGGAAGCAGGUGGUGGCCGAGAACUACUACAACUUCACCCGUCUCAUGGUGCUGGGGUCGUCGAAGGUCAUAGAAGUACGACGGGGAAGGAUACAAAGUUAUUCUCUCGACCCGUACUAUGGAAGCAUAUACCAACAGACGGUUUUCAUCGCACGACCAGCACUGAUGCCUGCUCCGUUCAUUCAUGCUUACAUCGGAGGGGUCAAGGACGGUGCGUCUGCUACAGCACCGCUGGUCGGUUGUGUCAGGGGAAUGAGGAUCGGAGACUACGUCUUCCAUCUCUCUCAGACGGCUGCGGAGUUGGGCAAUGAUACAUUGGUCUCAGACAAGUGUGAGAAGGGCUGCGACGAGGACACCUGCCACAACAACGGCUUCUGCGAGGAGCGCUGGAGAGACGGACAGUUCCAUUGUGACUGUGCCGACAACGGAUUCUCCGGACACAGAUGUGAAAUAGAGCCCUCGGUAGAAGUGUACGGCAAUACGGUCGUGCGACACGCGUUUGUGCUGCCCGUGAUGGACCAGUACAGCCUCAGCGAGAGCCUGACCUUCCGCUUCAAGGCCAACCCCAUCUCGGAGGUCGCUGACCCUAUGAUCAUGGCUUACAUCACAAGCUCGCAGUCCAAAGAUUACAUCAUGGCAAGACUUGACCCUUCUGGGAGUGUGAUGUUGGAGACAAACCAAGGAAUCGGGAUCUAUCGAAUCAAAGUCACUGGCAAGUUUGCGGACGGAAAACCUCACGACUUUGUCUACAUCCGGGAAGGUUCGAACAUGUACCUUAAGGUGAAACCUCUAGAUCCUUAUGGAAAUGUGAUAGUGGACCGGAUCAAAGAAGCAGACAUCAACUAUCCGGACUAUCCCCUGAACAGCAUCGACACAAUCUACAUCGGGGGAUAUGUACAAGAUCACAACGAUAUUCAAUACGUCUCAAACUUCUCUGGAUGUAUUUCAAACACGGCGUUCAAGCCCAAAGACACGAGUGCCGUGACCUUGCACUCCCUGCGAGACCUGUACCUGGACGUGAAGAACAUCGACGUGCUCGGGGACGAGACUCAGAGCUGCAGCACCAGCGACACAGACAAGGCAGAACCGACUACGCCACCCAUGAGUGAGAAAGUCACACCAGGGACCCACAUGGACAUCACAAUGCCUCCGUGGCUGGACAGCGACAUUGAGAUUGUGACCUUGGGUGCGGCUCCGAACCAGGGCAGCCCACCAACCACCCCAUUGAUCUUCACCAGCACCAAAUCGGGCAAGAACAACACACACCUGGUGGUUCUACAGCCCAGCUCAGAGCCUGUUGAUGACAUCACAAUCAUCAUUGUGGUGUGCGUGAUUGCAGCCAUCUUGAUCAUCAGUUUGUGCGUUGCUCUGGUCCUUGUGCGGCGUCGGAAGAAGCGACAAGGAGACUACCUGGUCAAGAAGGAAGGCGAGGCCGACAUGGAGCUGAAGCAACCUCUGAACCACAACGACUCGUCUCCGUAUGGCGGGCCAGCCCCGUUCACAUCCCACACCAUGCCUCGCAUGUCUCGCCCCCGCCCGCCGGCGGAGACAAACAACAAGGUUCCGUCAGAUCAUCUGGCCAAGCUGGAUGAGUUCAGCAUGAUCUCCGCCAUGCUGGGUCCCAGGAGGCCUAAGGCAGACACUUUGCCCCACGACCCGUCUAAGCAGAGAUACAGCCAGGGAAAUUAUCCUCUGACGGAUGAUGAGGUCGACUUUAUCAAUCCCAUCUACAACGCAAGAAAACAACGACCGGCUUCCUCCAUAUCAGAGGUCUUGGAAGAACUGGAGAGACGGCAAGUGCCACUUCCUAACGGUACCCCAGCCCUAGAGGAUCCGGUCCGGCGCAGCCACGGCGAGGGAGAGCUGGAGUGGGACCACCAGGCAGACACCACCACGCCCGCACACAAUGAAGACAUCAUGUUUUUCAAUAAACCUUUGCUGGGCCCAAUUCCUGAUGAACUAGAAGAGUCCCAUCUCAGCAGUUUCUCGGGCCACCCGUCAAGUUUUGGGGGUGACAGCUACCAGAAGGCAGACACACUGGAGGGUUCGAACUCACCACCGGGGUCAAGUCACAUGACCAGCGGGGCAGAAGGUAACGGCGACUCGGGCUAUGAGGCAGAGUCAAGGCCAGAGGUCACAGAGGACGACAUCACUCCGGAGACCUUGAACGACGAUGACGACCCUGACCAUCCUCACAAACUGUUCUCAUUCCACGUCCCAGACAUUCACAUGGACGGCUCGCCCAACCUCUCCGGGCUCAGCGCUAAAGAAAGGUUGCUGCAGGAGGGCACUAGUGUCUGACACUACAGUGGAGAUACGUAUCCGCUUAUAUCCACAUACAUCCACAGUUUUGUGAAAAACUUUCAGGUGGAUGUAUGUAUAAGCUGGUAUCCAGGAAUAUCCACACUUGUGUGAAAAAUCUUCAGGUGGCUCUCCUGUCUGAUGCUCUCAUGGAUAUAUCUAUCCACUUAUGUCCACAUAUAUCCACUCUUUUGUGGAAAAAACUCAGAUGGAUGUAUUUAUCCACUAGUAUUCACAAAUAUCCACACUUUUAGGAAGACCACUCCGUUGGAUAUAUCCCCUUAUAUACAGGUAUAGCCAAAGUUUUGGAAAGGACACCCCAGUGGAUACAUGUCCAUUUAUACCCAUGUAUGUAUAUAUCGACAUUUUUGUGGAGAGCACUCAUUAUAUAUCCACAGUUCCGUGAAGAUCAGUAUUAACGGAUUUAAAGUGUGUUCUGCUACUGAUUCUCAUUUUGUGGCUCUGGAUUAUAAUUGUCAGUGAUUUCAGCUGAAUUUGGAAAUUUGGAGACGGUCGUUAUUUGGUUUAUUAUUGGUUAUGUCAGCUGAAUUUUGCGACAAGUCUUUAAAAUAUUUUCCAAGGAGGAGAGAAGGAAAUGGAAAUGGGAACCACUGACUGUGCCGAGCAAGACAAUUCCUGAGAGAUGAGAGAGAAAUACAAAACACUGGAAACCCCAAAGGCAGUGGGGUCCACAUGAACUGAAAUCUGUGGGACCACCGGAUUUUCUUUGGUCAAAUGGGGUUUUCGGUUUGGAGAGGUUGCUCAAAGAGAAGGAAAAGAAACUAAGAAUUUUUUUUUUUCCAGUUUGCUGGUGUUUUUGGAUCAACCAUGUUUGGUUUACGGGGACCCCAUUGUAUAUAUAGGCAACACCUGAAGAAACACAAGAUAAUAUGUCUCAUGACGCGG